UAGAUCCGCCCUUCCAGUUGUGGAUCAGUUCUUAUUCCUAAAAUGAACUUACCUUUUAUUUAAUAUGUUCACAAGAUACGGUUUCGGGCUUCUGAUUCUAGACCUCCGGGCACGUUUGUUGUUGUUUGGUCGAGGUGCCAAUUUUUAUGUCCUGAAAUGAGUCACAGAAGUUGAAAACCCACCGUGCUGAGAUCAACAUUGUUGGUAUUUCAAAGGUGUAUGCAUCAAGAGCAAAAAAGUGAUCGUUUAAUUGAUUAAACGGCAAAGUUUGAGAGGAAAACAGCAAAAAAAAAAAAAAAAACUUUAGCGACCAACUUUUUUUUUUUAAUCAAUUAAACGAUCACUUUUUUGCUCUUGAUGCAUACACCUUUGAAAUACCACCGGGAAGAUCCGGACAAAAACAAAAUAACAUUGGAACAAGUUUACGACACUAAGGUUGAAACGAAAAAUCAAAAGAACUUCUUAAAUUUGUUAACAAAUUUUAAUAACUACUUAGACAUAAGGAAAAAGUUCAACCCCUCAAACACUGCCGGAUUCUUCCAAGGGAGCUUCGAGGAGAUCGACAUAGAACUUGCCAUUUUCACCAAUGCAAAAUGCGAUUUUACUCCUUCAAAUCAAGCAGAACUAAAUCCGCUGCUCAAAACAAACGACGAAGGAAGGGCUUUUCAAAUUGAGCCAAGCGUUGAAAUGAUUGAAAUUUUAAGCAAAGACACAAAAACGAGUGAAAUUCUUCAAAAUGAAGGAAAAGACGACAAUGAGCAAAAUUGUAAAUCGAUCGUUGAAGAUUUUUUCAAGUCAUAUAAAAUUUACUACAACCAAGUAAACGAAGAAGAAGUGGCGGAAAUCACUAUGAAGGAAAUUGGCACUGAAGAUCCAGUUUUAUAUCUAAUGUAUCAUGAUUCGAUGCAGCAAUAUUGGAAAGAUAAGAAUGAGGUUAAAUUUCUCACAAAAGAGUGCGAUUUUCUAGAAAAAGCCAAACAGAAAGUGAUCGAACGACCGAAGCUUACAAAUCUCACCGAAAUUGGUUUCAAAUCAUCGCAGCGAUUUGAUUUGGAUUUCAGCGCAGAGUCAUUCCAAGAGCUUGGUUUCGAUACAAUUCUAGCUGACAAACGAAUAAUCAACGUUAGCAGCACAGUUCCAAUACUGAGCUAUGCUAAAAUAUGCCAACAUUUGAAGCUUAAAUUUAAACUAUCACUUGCCAUUGUAGAUUUUGAUCUAGAUGGAGUUGAUAGUGGGGAAAUUUUAUCAAUGUUUUUAAAAUCAAACGAAUUCAAAUGUUUGAUUGUGCGCAGUUCUAAACAAGUUGCAGAGUUGAAACAAUCCCAACUGGGAACGAAACUGGCCGAGUGUGGAAAAUACAUCAUUUUGAUCAGUGAAGCUGCGUUGAUGUCGGGGUUGCCUCAAGUACAAGAUUUGAGAAUUAAUUUUGCGGAUCUCACGACGAACUGCCAGAGUUUUUUGAUGGAUAGUAUAGCCAAUUCAAACAAAAAAGGCCAACUCGCCGGGGAAGAAACUAAAGCUUUACAGCCUCUGGAAGUGAACACGUUACUUCCAUUCAACAACAAAAUUAUUUCAUUCCAGGGCAGACUGAUAAAAUUUGUUGAUCUCAUUCGAGCAUCUGAUAAGAAUGGGUCGAAUGACCCUGACAGAUUAAUCACUAGAGCGAUCUGGCUACAUUUGCUUGGAAAUAAUUUUUGUGAAAUAGUGCCUUUAGAAAGAAAGCAAGUUCCAUAUUACAUCGGUCGUCGUUUUAAACGGUUGAGAAAGGUGAAAAAUUUUCAAAAUCAAGAAAAAAUUGUGAUCGUUCAAAAUGAUUGCAUAACUGUGAUGUCGGAGUCGGAAUUGGAACCGUUGCGAGAAUCGGAGUCAAAAUAUCUUAAAUUUACUGACUUUAUGGCUUUGAAUAGUGAAAAUUUCGAAAAAACUCAAAAAGAUGUUGUGAUAAUCUCAGAAACAAAAGAGCACUUUGAUGAGAUUUGCUCUCGUCAUCCAUUACGCAAUGUUCACUGGUUCAAGCAGCACGAAGAUCAUUUUUUAUGGCAAUGUUCUUUAAACAGUGUCGCAAAACUGCGUGAUGCAUUGCAGUACGAUGAUGAAGAGUUUCCUUUGGAAAAUUUUGAAUCAUUUCCCGAACCAGUGAUGAUCAUAGCUGAUGAACCUGGAAUGGGAAAAUCCACCUUGAUGACCCAACUUGAGCAACAAAAGGAGAUUUCCAGUCUUUCGAUGGUAAUUCGAAUCAAUUUAUUUGAUUACACUUCAAUAUUUCAAAGCAUGAAAAACAAAAAUGUAGAAUUUGAAGAGGUAAAAAGUUUCUUGCUUAAUGUGCUGCAAAUGGCCACGCCAAAUUCAAACAGUGAGAAGAGGGUGUUUGAGCAAGUCUUGUUUGAAAGUUUCUUGAAUCAUAAAAAUUUGGUUCUCUUAGUUGAUGGAUUUCAUGAGAUAGCUCCCAAUUAUGUCAAACCAGUCUUAAAUUUUCUAAACACUGCCAAAGAGCACGUUAAGAAGCUGAUAGUUACAACACAUGACAACAGUGCAAAGAGUAAACUUGAAAGCAGUUUGAACGUUUUUGCGCACUCGUUUGUUCCAUUCACAGAAAACGAUAUUCGUAACUUUUUGGAAAUGUUUUGGAAAACUAAUCUCACAGACGCUGAAUUGAACCAAGCUCGAUUCGAAGAAUUUGUGACUGCAAUGUUAGAAGAGUACACGCAAGCCGAUUUUAAUGGAAAAAGCUUUAUAAGCACUCCUUUGCACAUUGAAAUGAUUGCAACAUGUCUUCAAAGUUUGUUAGAAGAUUACAUUAAAACUGGUAGUUCUGACAUCUUAAAGAAGCUUAGAAAAGAAUUCAAUUUGUGUUCUUUAUACGAAAAUUUCAUUAAUAUAAAGUUUAAUAAUAUUUACCUAGAGAAGAACUUGAAAAUUCAUCCAUCUGGAGUGAUAUGCACUAAAUAUAAAAUCCAUCAGUUUGAAGAAUCGCAUACAAGACUUGCUUUGUAUGCCAUAUGUGAUGAGAAUAUUGUAAAAAAAUUACUUUCAAAAGAAGAGUUUUAUAAAAUCAAAACAGACAUCGAAAAAAUAGCAACUGGGAAGGAAAAACGUGGUUUCGUCAGUCGAAUAGUGGAUGGAAAGCCACAUUUCACUCACUUAACAUUUGCCGAGUUUUUUGUCGCAAAAGCUGUCUGGAAAUGGCUGAAACAUUAUUCGUCUGAUCAGCAAGACGUAGCAAAAGUUUUUCUGGAGAAUUUAAUUAGAAACGAUGAACGACACAUUUGUCAACUUAUUCAUGAUAUUGCACUGAGUGAUUCUACUCAAGCGGAAAAUGCAACAGAUUUAGUGGAUCUGGUUUUAGGUAAACUUAAGAGCAGUUUUUUGAAGAGGCAAAGUUGGACCAACGGGAGAAAUUCUUCCGAUUAUUUACUAAGUGUAGUGGAACAUUGUUUGAUUAAUCCCCCUGACGCAAUGCUUAAUGCAACAUUUAAUUUGUUAACAGACGAUGAAAAAUUUAAACUUUUGAAUUCUUCAGCCAAGAUGGGUUAUUCAAAGCUAGUGCGUAUUUUAGCCACUCAAUUAGGGACGGAUUUUCUCAAGAAAGCUUUUUCUGAAAGGGGUGAAUGGGAAUUUUCACCGCUGUACUUGGCUGCCAGCAAUCAUCAUUAUGAAAUUGUAAAAUCUCUUGUGAGGGAUUUUCACUUCGAUGUCACAUGGCUUGAUGAAUGUGGAGAUUCUUUUUGUUCCUAUUUGCUUCAACAUGAGCAAUAUGGUUCAAUUUUGAACCUCAUCAAGAUAGGACUCUACGAACUUGGCAAACCAUACUUUAACAACAAAUGGCUUCCCUUAUAUGAUGCACUGAGCCUCGGAAAAAUACCGCAGAAUGUAAUUGAAUUGCUGCUGGAAGUCACAGACGUUGACUUUUUCAAUACAAAUUAUGUUUCCAAAUUCAAUUUUUAUUUGCUCCGUUAUGAUCUGUCAUUGACUAAAAAGUUUUUGGAUAGGGGCUUUUUUCUUAGACAGUCCAUAAUCAAUUUGCGUGGAGAUCAAAUCAUGCCUGUUAAUUUGUUUAAAUGUUCAUUUAAUGGUGAUUACAAAUGUGAUGCCUUCAACCGAGUUUGGAUCGACCGAAUGCGUUUUUUGUGUGAAAACGGCGUUGGAUUCGAUACGAAAUUACCAACAAGACUUACAGAAAUUCAUUGCAUUUUGAAGCUAUUCAAAAACGCAUCAUUGGACAGGACCGAUUGGAAAAACAAAUUAUUGAAAGGUUUGAUAACCAGUGAAAAGUGUAACAGAAUAUUUUUGCGUAUCGAUUUGUAUAAGAUUCGUUUGGAUUUUGAGGGUAAAACUAUUUUGUUAAAUGAAAUCAUGAAUGAUAUUGCUCAAGAGAAAAUAAGGCAACGCUGUAAGAAUGGAUAUGAGUCUAAUGAAAUAUCGAGUAAGGAAAAAAUUUUGCGUGUUUUAAAUUUGGCUUACCUCUCCAAAACUACGGAUCAUGUGAAAAAUAUUGUUUCAGAAGCAUUUAUUUUUUUGUCAGGAGAUAAAAUUGAAGCACUUUUAAAUGUGGAAUUGGGAAAGGAAUUCUUAAAUCCAGCAUUGCACAAAGAAAUAUCGUCAAUUCUAUCAAAACUCAUACAUUUCAUGACAGAUUUGUGCACGAAAUGGCGCAACAUUAUGGCUGCAAUUGAAAAUGACGAUCUAGAUGGAAUUCGCGUUGAACUUGAAAGCCUUGAUUCCAAAUUGCGCAAAACGUUAAUAAAUAGUUGGGACGAUGAAUACGGAUCCCCUUUGCAUUUUGCUGCUUAUCGUCGUAAUUAUCAGAUAACAAAGUAUCUUCUUGAGAAUGGAGCCAAUCCAAACAGUAGAACUGAUUUCAAUUGCACACCUAAAAAAAUGCCAUUUGAUGAAAAUGUCAACAAAAUAAUAAAACGAGGGGCAGUCACUCCAAUGUUCAUCGCCGCAGCCAAAGGUGACUUGCCAAUAGUUAAGUUGCUACACGAAAAAGGAGGUUGUAUUAAUGCCAAAACUUACAGCAAUGGGUACACACCUUUAGACGUAGCAGAAGCUGCUGGCCACUCUGAUGUGAUUGAGUAUCUAAUUGGAAAUGGAGCUGAACGACGUGAUUAACUUAUCCAAUUAAUUUCUGAACGCGAAUCUGACCCUGAUUUCAACUGAUACAGUCUUUUUGUUCGAUUUGAUACAGAAAGUAAAAUUGAACUUAAAUUGCCGAUAAUCACAAAAUAAUAUUUUUUUGGUGUAUUUCAGUUCUUUUUUGAAUUUAUUUAUUUCAGAAAAAUGGUCAAAAGUACCACAAAAUAAAAUUUCGUUGCAUGAUAAAUUCAAAGAAAGAUUUUUUUUCUAAACUUUGAACGAAGCCUUGAUUUAUCGCUUUCCGUAAAAGAUUCCUUGAUCAGAGUUAAAGGACAAACUUUAAAAAAUUGCCUUGGGCUAAACCUUCCAAAGACAGAAAACAUCUGCAGUACCCAGAAAAAACUAUUGGAGGUGCAAUUUAUAGUGUGUAGAAACUGCUAGUAAACAUACGUUUUAAGAUAAAUUGUAUAAAAUUGCUAAGACAGAUAUUUGUUUAAGAGGUCUUAGAUUGUAAGUAGCUUUAUAAAUAAAAAAGAAAACCUGUAAAAUA